AUUCCAUCCUCAGGCGGCCCCGGUGGGGGAGUUCGGGGGUUCCUCCCCGUCCCUCCCUCUGCCCGAGGGGCGCCGCUGCCCGGCGCGAAGCCGGGCGCAUGGGGCGGCGUUCCGGGAGGCUUUCGUCUGCUUCUCGCUCCCCCGCCGGAUGCUGCCUGGGCUGUUUUGGCUGCUUUUCUUCGCCGGCGAUGAAGGCUCUGCCUUGAAGAUGGAGAUGAUCUGGGUUUUAUUCCUGUCUCUGGUGCCGGUAUACAGCAGGGGACAAGGGGUUUACGCUCCUGCUCAGGCCCAAAUCAUCCAUGCUGGGCAGGCGUGUGUGGUGAAGGAAGACAACAUUAGUGAACGUGUAUACACAAUUCGGGAGGGGGACACACUGGUCCUGCAGUGUCUGGUCACAGGACACCCCCGGCCACAGGUGAGAUGGACCAAAACUGCCGGCAGCGCGUCGGACAAAUUCCAAGAGACAUCAGUGCUUAACGAGACCCUUCGGAUUGAGAAGAUCCAAAGGCUGCAGGGGGGCCGCUAUUACUGUAAAGCAGAAAAUGGGGUUGGGGUCCCUGCCAUCAAGUCCAUUCGAGUAGAUGUGCAGUAUCUAGAUGAACCUGUUCUCACCAUUCACCAGACCAUCAGUGAUGUUCGUGGCAGCUUCUACCAGGAGAAGACUGUCUUCCUCCGCUGCACUGUCAACUCCAACCCACCAGCUCGUUUCAUCUGGAAACGGGGAGCUGAGACGCUUUCCCACAGUCAGGACAAUGGUGUGGACAUCUAUGAACCCCUCUACACACAGGGUGAAACCAAAGUCCUGAAGCUGAAGAACCUGCGGCCCCAGGAUUAUGCCAGCUACACAUGCCAGGUGUCCGUCCGCAACGUCUGCAGCAUCCCUGAUAAAUCCAUCACCUUCCAGCUCACAAAUACCACAGCUCCACCUGCUCUGAAGCUGUCUGUCAAUGAGACACUCGUGGUCAACCCUGGUGACAACAUCACUAUGCAGUGCUCUCUGAUGGGUGGUGACCCACAGCCAGAGGUGGUUUGGUCUCACUCUCCUGGUCCAGUGCCUCUGAAUAGCCUUGUGCAAGGAGGCAAUCUCACCAUCUGGAGGAUCCGUGUGGAGGACUCGGGCUACUACAAUUGCACAGCCAUCAACAACGUGGGGAACCCAGCAAAGAAGACAGUGAAUCUGCUGGUGCGGUCCAUGAAGAAUGCCACAUUUCAAAUCACCCCUGAUGUGAUCAAAGAGAGUGAGACCAUCCAGUUAGGGCAGGACUUGAAGCUCUCAUGCCAUGUAGAUGCUGUCCCCCAGGAGAAAGUUGUCUAUUCUUGGUACAAGAACGGGAAACCAGCUAGGUUCUCGGACCGGUUGCUCAUCACCCGGAACGACCCCGAGCUCCCACCUGUGACCUGCAGCUUGGAGAUUAUUGACCUGAGAUUCAGUGACUACGGCACCUACAUGUGCGUGGCUACCUUCCAGGGAGCACCCAUUCCUGACCUCAGUGUGGAGGUGAACAUCUCCUCAGAGACAGUGCCACCAACCAUCAGUGUCCCUAAGGGUCAGUCCACCAUCACCGUCCGGGAGGGCUCCAGGGCUGAGCUGCAGUGUGAGGUUCGCGGGAAGCCCAAGCCACCCAUCAUCUGGUCCCGGAUAGAUAAGGAAACUCCCAUGCCUUCAGGGACAAUGACGGUGGAGACAUACGAUGGGAAGCUACGUCUGGAGAGUGUGAGCCGAGAAAUGAGUGGGACCUAUAAGUGUCAGACAGCCAGGUACAAUGGCUUUAACAUCAGACCCCGUGAAGCCAUGGUGCAGCUCAACGUGCAGUUCCCCCCUGUGGUGGAGCCACCCUUCCAGGAUGUGCGCCAGGGUAUGGGGCGCAGCGUCACCCUGCGCUGCACCAUGCUGAAGGGCAGCCCCAUGAAGGUGGCCACCUCCGUCUGGCGCUUCAACGGGUCCCUUCUGGCACAGCCGCUGGCAGAGCAGCAGGACUACUCGGAGCUGAAGGUGGACAGUGUCAGCCGGGAGACCAGCGGCAGCUAUGAGUGCAGCAUUUCCAACGACGUGGGGGUCUCCACCUGCCUCUUCCAGGUGUCUGCAAAGGCUUACAGCCCAGAGUUUUACUAUGACACUCCCAACCCCACCUUGAGCCAGAAGCAAUCCAAGAAUUACUCAUACAUCUUGCAGUGGACACAGAAGGAGCCUGAUGCUGUGGAUCCCGUCCUCAAGUACCGCCUGGAAGUCCGGCAGCUGGCUCAGAGGAACACCAUCCAGACCUUCAUUCCUGUGCAGAAAAUGGAGAAAGGCCUGUUGCUGGAGCAUGUCUUGCCCAACCUGAAAGUGCCUCAGAGCUAUGAAGUUCGUCUGACACCCAUCACCAGCUUUGGGGCUGGAGAUGUGGCUACCCGCAUCAUCCGGUACAUGGAACCAAUCAACUAUCCCAACCCAACAGAUAACACUUGCCGCUUUGAGGACGAGAAGAUCUGUGGCUUCAUGCAGGACAAGAUGGACAACUUUGACUGGACCCGGCAGAAUGCCCUGACGCAGAACCCCAAGCGCACGGUCAACACGGGGCCCCCCACGGACAUAAGCGGUACGCCGGAGGGUUAUUACAUGUUCAUCGAGGCAUCCCGGCCCCGGGUAACAGGAGACAAAGCCCGGCUCAUCAGCCCCCUCUACAACAUUACUGCCAAGUAUUACUGUGUCUCCUUCUACUACCACAUGUACGGGAAGCACAUCGGCUCCUUGAACCUGCUGGUUCGUGUGCGGAACAAGCGAGCCAUCGACACCCAGGUCUGGUCACUCAGUGGGAACAGAGGGAACAUGUGGCAGCAAGCACACGUGCCCAUCAACCCACCCGGGCCCUUCCAGAUCAUCUUCGAAGGUGUCCGGGGCACAAGCUAUGAGGGGGACAUUGCCAUCGAUGAUGUCACUCUGAAAAAGGGGGACUGCCCAAGGAAGCCAAUUGGACCGAAUAAGGCGGUUGCUCUUCCAGGAAGCGGUGCCCCGGCCCUGCACAGCUCUUGUCUUUGUGGCCCAUUGACUUUCUUCCUUUAUGUGCUGCUCAGAUGAUGGCAAGAGAGCGCUCCUGUCUUCAGACCAAGACAUUCCUGCUCCUUUCCUACUCAGCCACCUCUGCUCCUCUUCCUCCCCUCCUCACUGGCACACCAAAGUGUCCAUAUGUUACCAAAGACUUGACAGGCAUGACCAUGCGAAGGGAUCUGGGUCAGAACUGGAGCACUCCUUGAGAAAGUCACAGUGUCUAGAACAAAAUACAGAAAUAAAGACAAAUGUUUUUUAAAAGCACGUGCGCAAAAGUGAGAGAGAAGAAACAGAAAUACACAGAAAAGAAGGAAAGACAAAAAAUAGGAAUGAAGAAAUGUGAAGAACAAAUGAAGGAGGAAAACAAACACCCCCAUGUUUCCUUGGGAAUGUCAGACAGGGCUUCCUCAGGGAAGUGGGAACUUGUUUUAAACAAACAAACAAAAAUAUAUUAAAGCACAAAUUUCUACCAGAACAGUUACCUUCUUUACUGCAGAGCCCACCGCUUAGUGGAUGAUACACCGCAGCAUUCCCCUUGUCUCCCCAUGCUUUACCACUGGCUUGGGCUGCCCCACUGCCAGCCUUGACCGUGGGGCAGCAGCCGCCCCUGGUGCUGGUGGCCAGAGCAUCUUGCCUCGCACCACAUGUGCUUCCAUGUUGCCAUCCAUCCUCAUCUACCAGGCUCUCGUGUUUAAUUGCCCCCUCUGUGGUUUGCUUUGGCCUUUCACCGCCGCUCCGUGUUUCUCACCCACCAACCUGAAGAAGAUGGAGCAGGAAGGGACUCAUCACACGGACCAUGCUGAGUGGUGGAGAAGUUCCGGCUGGAUCCGGCUGCAGCGCUGGCCUCUGAGUGUCUCUUACUCCAUCUCAGUACUCUUGCUGGGUGGAGAAACUAUGAGAGCAGAUCUGAGCUGCAGACAGAAAUGUGUCUCUGUUGGGCUGAGGGAUGGGGCAGCGUGGGAUGGGAAGAGGGGAACAUUCCACAUUGGCUUCCCCUUGUGAAUGUUGGGAUGACAGUCACCUCAGCCCUAAGCCCAGGAUUGCUUCUCUGCCUGUCUUUUGUUACCUGUUUAUUUUGGUCUUUUAUUCCAUUGCUUAACUUCUCCCAUCUCAAGCGCUUUGAAUUAUGGGAAGAGUCAGGCACCUAAACCUUCAGCCAGACAGCAAGUCCUGUGCCCAUGGCCAUCAGUGCAGGCAGUUCCAAUACUGUCCUCUCACCUUCUGAGGCCUUUUUGCACACACAGUGCAUUAGCUGCAGGGUGGGCAAAGUGUGGCAACAGCAUUGCUGCUCAGGGAAAAGGUGGCUGGAUUUUGUCAGCACCUGCAGCCUCGCAGGCACUCAGCUUCCACUGCCAAAGCAGUGGGUAGAGGAGCUGAAAGCUGGAGGCAGGAAGGAUGGAGGCAGGAAGGUUGACCCAAAAGAGAGGCUUCUGCUGAACUGAAAAACAGGGGAACAGGAAUGAGGGAAAAACAAUUUUUCCCUGUUGGCAUCAUGAAAGGUUAAAGCUGGUGUCUCUCUCUGCUGCAGACUUGCAGCAGGUCUGGCCUGACCUCCUCAGGUCCAGAUGAACCCCGCGGGAGAAGGGACUGCCCUGCACAGGCCAAAUGCGAGCUGUGAUAGCCUUGUUGCAACGGGGAGCAGCUCUGGGCAUGAAUUACCUCCAUGCACAGGGCAGAGUCAGCCCCACAGGACUGUGAAUUGGGGUUUACUAGCCACUCUGGCAGUUCAGUAAGUGGGGUUCUUCCCCCUAAAGGACAGCCCAUCCAAACUCCAUACCUGGGGAACCACAGCUACAGGAUGAGCUAGCUCUUUCACUCAACAGAACCCCCAGUACCCAUGGCUCCUUAACCAUUUUGAUUAAUGUAUUAGCUUCUCUGAGCCAAUUGUGUCUAAAAGCACCUGAAUGUAUUAGCUGUCCCCUGCAUUGCUCAGCUUCCAGCAACAGCUGUUGCCCCAUUUCUUCUACUGAUGGGGGAGGAAAGCUCUUAUUUAAUUCCCAAGACAUCCAGUUUGAAGUCUUGAAACCCAUCACUGUCCAGCUCCUGGAAGGGCAUUCAUCUGCACUAAUGCUCCCCAGACAUCACUGAAGAGAGAAAGGGCAUCAACUCUGAGGGAAAAGCGGACCUCCUUCACAGGAGGCCUCGCAAGACAGUGAGAGGGAGUGAUAGAGUUCUCCCUUGCUCCUAUUGCUUUUCUUCACUUCUAAGGAUGAGGACUGUGUCUUUUUGUCUCCACCCCUUCCUCCAGAACCCAGACCUCAAUCACACUGCAUAUUUGACCAGGAGACCUGGAGCUGCGUCCCAGGGCCAGGCAGCAUUGUGGGAUGCUGAGUGUCAGCAACAAUUCUGCUUCUUGCUGCCUGUCUGUUGCCAUUUUCAUGGGCAGCCAGUGCCACCACCAUCUUUUAGCUGAGUUCUUUCAGUUCUGUCCUUUUCUGUAUGUUUGUUAUAGGCCAAAAAUCAUCACCCCACUCCUGAAGAGUCUACUUUUCAUUCCUAGGAGAAAUGGUGCUUUCCAUGAGACCGUGGAUGCUUCAUGAUAGCUCCUGAUCUGUCAGUGGCAAAACAUUUGUGCUACGUUGCUGAUUCUAGGGCAGAAGGUGGAGAUAGGAACAUUUCCCCAUCAGUAAGAGAUAAUCCAGGGCAACCAUUUCACCUUCUAGGCUCUGAGGCAGAGACCCUUGUGGCUUUGCUUCUACUGGCUGCUUAGCCAGGCUUGUAUAAGCAUGUUUUGUUGAUGUUCAGUGGACAGCAGAGGGACUGUGGGGCCGGGGAGGUGCAGCCUGAAGGUUCAGGAUCACAGACAAAACAUUAUCUGUGAAGGAAGCAUCAGCCAGGGGGCACCACAUUUUCAGAAAGGGACACCUGCAGGGAGGGUGUCCGUGCCCUGCUGCCAGCUCCUGCAAGGAAGGAUGUAAGUGCCUCACUAAGCCAACCCAUGGCACAGGGACAGUUGGGUCCAGGGCAGAUGAGAACAAGCAGACAGCCCCAGCCAGAGGUGAAGAAUUUUCCUGGUGUCAGGCAUGGGCCCAUCAGCUUCAGUAAAGUCUCAGGGAGCCCCUUCCUGCUUAGACCUCUACUCCUUUAUCUCUGGCUGGAAAGCAGCUGGUGAUAAGUUUGGGGGGAAGUCAUUAAUCCAAGUGCCUCAGCUUCUCAGAAGUGCUGAGGACAAAAGGAAGGACCUCAUUUCCCUGGCAGAUGUGCUAAGAGAGUGUAGCAGAGGAAAGAGGCACUUGAGCAGCAAGGAUGAGAAAUUGUGCAAUGAUGGGGGAGAGACAGUGUUCCUCCUCUCUGAGGACAGUUGUAUUUGUGGUUUACUACCCUAUUCUUGAUGGGGCAAUUCUCCUUGCAGUGGUAAUGAAUCCCAGGUGAGAUACAAAGCCAUGCUCCUUACCCCUUGUAAUUAAAGAUCCCCUCACACUUUUCACAAUGUUCUGGCUAAAUUAUGAUCCUUGAACUUAAUUACAUACUGUCUUCUUAAAUAUCUGUUGCAGUCCCAACAUUAGAUUUCUCUUCCUGAUGUUUUAUGUUGUUCUGUGCCUGUCAAAUUGCUGCUUUAUUCCACUCCAGAAGUGGCUGCAUUUCAGUGAUGGUGGAGAUUAUUCCUGUACAUAGUAUGAAAGUCACUGCAGAAGAAAAGUGCAAUAUAAAUUUAAGAGACUGCUUUUAUUUACAAGGAGACUUCUGCUUGGUAGUUGUAGAAAUACAUUAGGAAGAAUGCUCUGUGGGUGUUAGCCAAUAUAUACUCAUUUUCUUUCUUUUUUUUUCAGGGUAUAAACCAGAAAAUAUGUGAGUGUGCAGGCUCCUGGGUAUAAGUUGUAGAUAUUAGAAGGAGUGACCGCUACUGUGUAGUUACAAGUUGGGCUUACAAAGAAACUUCCAUUUGAAAGCUCUUUUUGUAGUUCAUUGUAUUCUGAAAUAUAUACUUUUUUAAUUAUAA